AAUUCAGAUUCCGCAGUCUUAAAGAUAUGGUCAUUAGGCUGGAGUACACUUCUCGGGGAGGAAGAAAAUAUGGAUUUGAAAAUACCCAUUUUGGCUUUAUGGCACUACAAAUUGGGGUUAAUGGCUUGGGUCUCUGGUCCUCAAAUAGUGUUACAUAGUUGGGGUGCACAAAAGGUAAUGGUUCCGCCAGAUAGCUAAUAUCUUCUCAAGUGGCGUGAGAUGGGAACGGAACCCUUCUCAUGACAAGGUGUGUGUGUGUGAUGGGAUGGCAACCCUACCCACAGCUGAUUUCCAGUGCAACUCUGGCUGCGAAAAAGAAGCGUCACUAUUUUAUUUUUCGCAAUGGAGGCAGCUUCAACGUCGCAGAAAAAGCUACCAAAGAAGAAUGAAUUGACCAAGAAGAGAGCUUCUAGGUCGAAAAAGCAUUCGCUUUCUUUGCAGGAAAUUCAAAAGAAAGAGGAGGAGGACAGCAAGGACCGAUCUGACGCUGAGACUGUGACUGCGGCCGAGGGUGACAGCGAUGAAGACGAGUCGGUACAACAGGAGGCCAGUGGCCUCAGAUCCAUCUUUGCUGAAAUGAAAGAGAAGGACGAGGAAGAAGCGGACGAGAACAGCAAGGCAGGAUUUACUGAGGAGGACCUCAAGACCAUGGAGGAACUGAGUCGCAUGCCCCCGGCCGCCAUGGCCGCCUACAUCGAGGCCCUGGACUCGCAGCUGUACGAAUUGAGCCAGCGCGAGACCCAUGAGCUGUCCCGCAGCAAGCAACUGCGCUUCUUCUCCAACUACCGCCGUCGCAGCAAGUGAACGGAACGGCAAAUCAUCUAAUUCAUCUACUUACACAGCUGUGCGGACUUUGAUGGUAUCGAAUAAAUGGUUGUCAGUGAAA